GUUGCUUCACUCUCGGACGCGGCGGCGGCGGCGUCGGCGGGGUUAACUGGCCGGCCGCUCCGCGGAGGUGGGGCUCCGCGCCACAAAAGCGCCCGAACUCGGCUGCGCUCUGCUGUAAUGACACGUUUUCGGGGACCGGCGGAGUCGCUCGGACGCCCGGUGAACCGCUUCGCGUGGAGCCACGCGCGCCCAUGGUGCUCUUCCAGCGCUGUUUGGCCAGGGCGCUCGGCCAGCGGACCCUCGGCGGCUCCCAGCAGCGCAACGAGGUGCGCGUCCCCGGCUGGGCGUGCACUCAGGGCGCCCGCUUCGGGAGCGCGGAGCCCGGCGGCUGCAGAAGCCACAGCCGCGCCGCAGCAGGUAAUUCUGGGGCGAAGGAGCGCACCCUGAUUGCUGUGAAGCCGGAUGGGGUGCAGCGGCGCCUGGUGGGGCAUAUAGUCCAGCGCUUUGAACAGAAGGGCUUCAAACUGGUGGGCCUGAAGAUGCUGAAGGCUCCAGAGGAGGUGUUGUCUCAGCACUACCAUGACCUCAGGAAGAAGCCUUUUUAUCCAUUACUGCUACACUACAUGAGCUCUGGACCUGUGGUGAUCAUGGUGUGGGAAGGACACAACGUGGUGUCUACAUCACGCAAGAUGGUAGGGGACACUAACCCGGCCGAAGCCCAUCCUGGCACUAUUCGGGGGGACUUCAGUCUCCACAUUAGCAGGAAUGUGGUACAUGCCAGCGAUUCUCUAGAAGGGGCCCAACGCGAAAUCCAGCUGUGGUUUAACCGUAAUGAGUUGAUGGACUGGGAUUCUUGUGACCAAAGUAACGUUAGUCACGUGUGAAAGGAGAAUGUGGGAGCCCUGCGCCGUCCAUCCAUAGCAACAUCUUCACUACCUCGACCUACAGGUGCGGCAGCCUCUGGGCCCCUACUGCUGACCAGCCCAACGUGCAAAGUGCCAGAACUGGACCUGUGCCUGUCUCUUCCUCGUAUUUCCAUCUACCUGAAGGCAACUCAAUUACUGAAAAUCACGCACAAGAUUGGAGUGUUAAUGUGUUCUACCGACACUGUUAAUGGAGUGUUUUGAUACUGUUAUCCCACAUUAGUCUUGUUUUAAUUUAUGAAAGUUUUUAAAUUUACAUGAAAUAAACAGGUGCAGAUAAUUAGGUUGUCGUAGUUUUUUUUUCAGUCAGCCCUCCGACAAUUACCUUUUUUAUAUGUUAACAACAAAGAUUAAAAACAAAGUUUAAAUAUCACAAAGUAAACAGCCCAGAUAGCAUAUGCUUGACUUUCACAUAAAUGUAGGGCAGCGAGUU